AUCAUUCCUAGCGGAACAAGCACAACCUCAGAGACAGAGAGAGAGAGAGAGAGAGAGAGAGAGAGAGAGAUUUCGUUGGCCAUUGUUCGUUGAAGUACGUUGGAAAGAAUAACGACCAGCGAGCAAUGCGUGCUGCCGUCCAUCCAUCUACCCUCCUCCUGCAGACACAUUCAUAGUGGCCACCUCCUCUCUCUCUCUUCCCCCCUUCCUCCACAGGUCCACCACACGCCGUCUUCCUUCCUGUCUUUCUAACUUCCCUCUAGAGGAGGAAGGAGGAGGAGGAGGAAGCGGUGUACAUGGGAAACGCCUGCACCCAUCCACAGGGAUCGACGGUGGAGUGCAAGAGGGGAAAGAGGAAAAGGAAGAAGCCCCAGGCGUCCUUCUCACACACUGGCUUCUCCUCCUCCAGUUCCUCCUCUUCCGUCUCCGAGGCGCAGCACACCUCGAGCCGUGGAUUCGGCAGCUGGAGUCGACACUUUUGGGUGCUGGAGAGCCCCGACGGCCACGACGUUCACCGGCGGUACCGCCUCGGCCGUGAGCUCGGCCGCGGGGAGUUCGGCGUCACGCACCUGUGCGUGGACUCGGAGAGCAACGAGGAGCUUGCCUGCAAGUCCAUAUCCAAGAAAAAGCUGAGGACGGAGAUCGACGUAGAGGACGUGAGGAGGGAGGUGGAGAUCAUGCGCAGCCUGCCGGAGUGCGGCAACAUCGUCCGCCUCCGGGAGGCUUACGAGGAUCGGGAGGCCAUCCACCUCGUCAUGGAGCUCUGCAAGGGCGGCGAGCUCUUCGAUCGCAUCGUCGCCCGCGGCCACUACACCGAGCGCGCUGCCGCUGCCAUCCUCAAGACCAUCGUCGAGGUGGUUAUGACUUGCCACAAGCACGGAGUGAUGCACAGGGACCUUAAACCAGAGAACUUUUUGUUCGCAGACAAGACUGAAUCUUCUCCCCUCAAGGCAAUUGAUUUCGGACUAUCAGUUUUUUUCAAGCCCGGUGAACGUUUCUCAGAGAUUGUGGGAAGCCCAUAUUACAUGGCACCAGAGGUCCUGAAGCGAAAUUAUGGACCAGAGGUUGAUAUAUGGAGCGCAGGAGUCAUCCUCUACAUUCUGCUUUGCGGGGUCCCACCAUUUUGGGCAGAAACUGAAGAGGGUAUUGCACAGGCCAUCGUUAGAUCGGUUAUAGAUUUCAAGAGAGAACCUUGGCCAAGGGUAUCCGAAAAUGCAAAGGAUCUUGUGAGGCGAAUGCUUGAACCAGACCCGAAGCUUCGGUUGACAGCACUGCAAGUACUUGAACAUCCUUGGGUAAAGAACACUGAAAUGACUCCAAAUGUUCCACUCGGCGAAACUGUCACGGCCAGACUUAAGCAGUUCUCUGCCAUGAAUAAGUUCAAGAAGAGAGCCCUAAGAGUGGUGGCCGAACAGUUGUCUGUUGAGGAAAUAGCAGGCAUAAAACAGAUGUUUCAUAUGAUGGACACACACAACAAGGGGAACCUUUCUUUUGAGGAACUAAAAGUGGGUUUACAUAAAAUUGGAGAGCCAGUUCCAGAUCCAGAUGUUCAAAUGCUGAUGGAUGUUGCAGAUGAUGAUGGAAAUGGUACUCUAGAUUAUGGUGAAUUUGUGACUGUAUCUCUUCAAUUAAAAAGGAUUAGCAGCGAAGAGCAUCUUAAUUCGGCAUUUACUUAUUUUGACAAGAAUCAGAGUGGUUACAUAGAAGUUGAAGAACUAAGGGAUGCUCUAGCGGAGGAUGCUGUUGGUGCAGACUGUGAGGAGGUCAUCCAUGACAUCAUCCGAGAUGUGGACUUAGACAAGGAUGGCCGCAUAAGCUAUGCUGAGUUUGCGGCAAUGAUGAAAUGUGGCACUGAUUGGCGGAAAGCAUCAAAGCAGUAUUCGAGGGAUUUGUUCAACAAUCUAAGCUUGAGGUUAAUUAAAAAUGGGACAUUGCAAAAGAGUUAUGUAAGGACCGAUCAAGGACUGGCUUGCCGCACUGUUUAUGCAGCAUAGAUUCACACCAUAUUUCCAAAUAAUAUCCCUAUCAGAAGCACCUUUGCUGCGUACACCAGAAACAAAACUAGAUGAAAGCGAAUGCUCUGUCACCACCAUUUGUCAAUGUCUUAUAACGACUGAAUAAACAAGAA